CGUUUCUUUAAAUUCGACUUCUUGGUAUUCAUUGAUGUUCAAUGAAAUCAUUUAAUUGAGAGUUGAGACUUCUUCAUCGAUUGGUCCUAACAAACAACCUUGAAUUGCUUAACUGUGCAGUCAUUUUUAAUUACGUGUUAAAUAGAUAUGAUCCUAUAAAAAUGUCGAAGGAUUCUAAUGCUGAACCUGAUGAAUCAAAACCUGAUGAACAAACACCUGAAAAACGUGUUGGUUGUGCCCAUUAUAAACGUCGAGCAAAAUUCGUGUUCCAGACACCCUGUUGCAAUAAGUUGUACAUGUGCCGGUACUGCCACGAUGAGAAUGAGGAGCACUACUUCAACCGUAAGUCAGUGACUGAGCUGAUCUGCAUUGAGUGUGACACUCGGCAGAAAGUCCAGGCUGAAUGUGAAAAUUGUGGAGUACGCUUUGGAAAGUAUACAUGCCUCAUUUGCAACUUGUUUGAUGAUGAAGACAAGAAGCAGUACCACUGUGAUGGCUGUGGAAUUUGCCGUGUUGGUGGCAGGGACCGAUUCUUUCAUUGUGAGAGAUGCAAUAUGUGUUUACCAGUGCAGUUGCAAGAAGUUGGUCAUAGAUGUGUAGAAAAUGUGUCUCGUGCAAACUGUCCAGUGUGCCUCGAAGAUAUUCACACAUCUCGGAUACCUUGCCACAUACCAGAUUGUGGACAUCUGCUACACCGACCAUGCUUUGAGGAAAUGUUGAAGUCUGGUCAUUAUGCUUGUCCUACGUGCCAGACCAGCAUGAUUGACAUGACGACAUUAUGGAAAUAUCUGGAUUCUGAAGUGGCAGCCACACCUAUGCCCCCAGAAUAUGCAGAUUACAAAACAACUAUACUCUGCAAGGAUUGUCAUAAGUUAUCAAUUGUAAAGUUCCAUGUGGUCGGGCUCAAGUGUCAACAUUGUGGUGCAUAUAAUACUUGCCAGACUAAUGGUUUUCACAAAGAUGGGGAAACAUCUGAGCAAGUAGACUCUGCCACUUCAUCUACAAGCCGCAGUACUUCAUCAUCGACACCGACAAGUCGACGUGGCUCCUCGUCCUUCGAGCGCGACUCUGAUGAUAAUGAACUGCCCCGAGCUAAUCCUAUGGAUGAACCACCACAGGCCUGACCCAGGAUUCCACCUCGCACCGAUCUCAUCGGUGCAAGGCUGAGAGAGAGUAGCAACAGGGAACUGAUUGGAAUUCGAGAACAAUAUUGCAAUUAUGAAUGGGUGGACGCUUAUGAGGAAAUUGCUAUAGCUGGCCCGAGUGGAUAUACAUGGCAAGCAAGCAAAGAUGAACAAAGUGGAACCACAGCUAGUUAUAGUAGAGCUAGCCCAAUUAUUUAUAGCGAACCUGCAAGUGGUCCCAGAGAACAUGAAACUAGUCCUGAAUCUAUUGAAACAAGUGGACAAACUGAAGCUAGCCCUGAAAAUACUGAAGCUACAGCAGGCUUCAGUGGAACCUCAUCUGAACGCAACGGAGCGGUGAGUAAAAAAAACAAAUCUGGAAAAAAGGGAACCACAAGUACAGACAGUGAAACUCAGCAAGAUCCAAGCAAUAAGAAGGAUAACAAUGGAACUUCCAAAUAAACAGUUCUCGUCUCUUUCGGUCAAGUGGAGAAGAAAAGAGAAAACAAACCAUUGCAUACUUAGAUAAUAAUUGCUGUUAUUUUGUAUGUCACGUAAGAUAAAUUAUUUAGGCUAUAAAUUAUUUUACUUAAAAAUUUAAAAAUAGUACACUCCUAAUCUUGAUAUUAUUUAGUUUUUUAAUCUGUUGUAUUUACAGCGAAAUUUUGAAUUUGGAAUUUUUCAUUUGACUUUCGACUAAGUAUUUAUAACAUAAGUGUAGUUACACAUCAUCGAAUAAAAAAUCUUUAAACGUUGUGAACCUUUCUUCCUUAUUUUAGUUAGCAUCUUCUCUAUUAGCUACCAUCAUAGAGUAUUUUGUAUGUGUGAACUAGACCCUAAUAUACUCUGCGUGCAUAGCAACCCAAAUUUAGAACCUCCUUUGCCAAUCAUCACUUGGAACUUGCGUAGUUCCUUCUCCAUACCGUCUUUCGACAGAUCGGCGUCUGGUGGUAUGCCGAGAUACGCUUUUUAACUCCGUUCUUCCAUUACCUUAAGUAAACCACUCCAACAGUCUUUCCAAUUUAGAUUAACCAAUGUUGGGUUCUCCUUUAAAGUCUGUUUUUCCUGACUGUCAAGUUUGUCGGGCCUAGAAUCUUCCGCAGUACUUUUCUUUCGGCUACUAACUUCUCUUCUUUGAAAGUCAGUGCCCAAGUGGUACCGAUGUUUUGAUGGUAUUAGUAUGGGUCUUAUAACCUUUUUUAAAUACGGAAUUUAGUCUUUCGGUGAGCUUAAACGUCAGGAUUUUGUGAAGAGUUGCACAACAAUGGAAGCUCAUUUUGAUUCCGGAUCUCUUUCCAUAUGUUUGUAUCCGUCUCAGUACUAUGCGCAGGAUUCCACGUAGGAAACACUUGUAGCUGGAGGGUAGAUUUUCCGUGGAGUGGGUUUUCAAAGAGAAACUUAAUCACAGCUUUUUUAACUUGUCUAUAAACGUUAGCUUUCGUGUACUUGAUUAAUUUUGUAUGUGUGUAACACUUGGAGUUGGAACUUUAUCAGUUCCUCAUACAAGAUGCCACGCAUUGCUCAUUAUGUUAUAAAUUUAAGAAGUACAUUAAUGUAAAGAAUAUUAAUAUAUAUAGCUACGGUUUUGGACCAUCACAAUGAAAACACUGUACGGUGCAAAUUUGUCCAUAGUUGACGUAGCUUUUCUACAGGUUUUAUGCUAGGUAAUUAUGAAAGUACUAAGCUGUGAUCGUUGCGUAAGAUAUUAUCGACGCUAAAUUUAUCUAUAUGAAUAUUAAAAUAUGUAUUUUUACACAAAAACAAUUUCUUAACAAUCAACAACAAAAACAUGUUAGGAAUAAAAUAUAUAAAAAAGUAUAAUCUAUCGUAAACGCGAGUUUCGUAUAAUGAAUCGCAUAAACUAGAUUUAAAUGUUAAAUGAAUUUCAUAGAUUUCAUUAUGUCCGUUUUUUUUAAAUUUGUUUGGUCAAACGGACUAUAUACUGUUGACUGUCGAUUUAUCUUUAACUAAUUAUAAAAUUAUGAUAAACGCUUUUUCUAAAAGUAUAUUAAUUUUUAAAUGUGUAAUUUGUAAACAAGAUUUUCUUAGUGUCUAUCUUAUUGGAACUAAAUUUUUGCAUAUAGCAUUAUAUUUACUGCUAAUUAACAAUUUAUUUAUACAAAUGUACUUUUAACUAUACAUAAAAAGUGCUCAUUGUACUAUAUACUAAUGUACAUAAUCUUAAUUUUUACGUAAGUGGAAUAUCUUUAAAUUUAGCUUUAUGUAAACUAAAUGAGUACCUUAGUUAAAUGUCAUAAUACUGGUUUUUACUGAAGUACUAAUUUGUAAUGAAAAUAUGGAGUUUUAACAAAUUUCAUAAUUUUUUACUGUAAUUAUGAAGUACAAUCUAAGAGACAAUAGCUGGAAAUAUAUAGAUUAAUUAAAACCACAGAUGCCUGAAAACUGGAACAAAUUGUUUUUUUUUUGGCAAUAGUUACGAAUUGUUUUUAGGCUAAUUCAUCAAUUUUUUUGUUAUUUGUGUUACAGUUAUUACAGUGAUGCCCAACGUUUUAGAUAUUACAUGAUUUACCUGUUUUACUUAUGUUAAGAGUAUUUUAUACAUAUAAACUAUACUAAUACUGAAACGAAAUGUUUUCUUUAGAUUCAGGAUUUGCUUUUCUUCACAUUAGAGAGAUAAACAAAUGUCAUACUACGUUAGUUAAUAAUUCCUUACCUAUAUUAUAAGGUUGUUGUACGUUUUUAUUAAUAAAUGUCUAUGAAUUAA